AUGAUGCCACCGGUCGGCGAGGUGGCGCAAGACGCACGACAGACCCAUGGCAGAGCCUAUAGCAAAUGUCCCACGCCCUGCGGAUGGGGACAUUACCCGCGUGUUCCCAGGGAAGGUCCUGCACGCGCAGAACGGAUAGAUCUCCCCAGGGUGCCCCUUAUCUUUCAACCUUUCGGGCUAUUUGGACGGCUAAAGCUGUGUGCAGGAAGCUUUCCCCCCAUAGCUUCGUCGGCCUCCACUCGCGACCGCGUGUCACGGAGCUCUAAGCUUCAAUGUGAGGGCAUCACGUCAUGUUAG